GGGCACGGGCAGCAGGGACCGGGAACCUCUCCUGUGGGCACCUGCUGGUCCAAGGCGGGCUGCCCCUCCCCGGGCACCGCUCUGCUCCGGGAACAACUGGGACAGCUCUGCCCGAUGCCCUCAGAACAUGUCUGAUUGGACAAGUCUGUGGUAUGUCUGGCUGAUCUUGCUGCUGGUGUUCCUGCUCCUGCUCUGCGGGGUCUCAGCGAGCUGUGUCAGGUUCUGCUGCAGGAAGAAAAGGAUCCCAGUGGAGCCCUUCCCUCGGCACCCCUGCGACCUGGCCGUGAUCGGCAUUGACAGUGACAGCACUGCCCACAGCACAGUGACCUCAUACAGCUCAUGGCAGUACCCCCCAAGUGUCCAGAUUCCCUUGGUGUUUGUGGAUAUGGAUAAGAACACUGUGUCCCCUCCAGCUUACAGCCUCUAUGCCAUGGACCUGCCACCUUCCUAUGAUGAAGCUGUUCAAAUGGGAAAGCAAGUGGCAAGGACAAACCAGAAACUUGAUGACAUCCCUGAACAGGUGACACCACGUGGGCUGAACCCCAGCCAGUCCCCACCUGACACAAUCAGCAGAGAUCCAGCAACACAGGCAAAUUCAGAAGAUUCAGAAGAUGCCAUGAAAGAACAGCCACAGGUCUGACUCAGUUCAGAUGGGGAGCAAAGUAAGGAAGGACUGUAAGAGUUAAAGAAGACAUGAAGAGUUUGGGUUUCUAAGUAGGUUAUGAUGGAAAGAUAUUUCUUCUCAUGCCCUUGUAAUGAUCUGUCAGAAGAAAUGUUUUCUGUGACUGCUCUAAUCCCCUGGUAAAGCUUCUUCAAGGAUAUGAAAUGAGGUAAAAGGGCAGCAGUUUAAAAAUGCCUGUAAAAGUGGGACAUGAAUGAGUGUUCAUCCUCUGAUAAAAAAUUGUUCCUUGUGUCCAGCAAUAAAAAAGGUUAGGAGAGUUUUGCCACCUUGGGAAUCCACUCAGAGCAGCACAAACAGGAAGCUGUUGUACUGGAACUGAAGGGGAGUCCCACAAGUGACACUGAGCAGCCUCUGUGGUUUCUCUUCCUUUGGGAACACCGAGUGCCCAGGAAGCUGCUGAGGACAAAGAGCUGCUCGUGUUCCUCCAGGGGCAGGAAGAUGCCAGGACAGGAGAGCAUGGAGGGAAAUGCUCUGUGUUGUUCCACAGCUGCACCAAGGGAAUGAGGCAGAUGAGACACAGACACUUCUGUGCUGCUGGUGGUCAUGAGACCCCAAGGGAUUGGUUUUGAGUUUCUAUAAAUCUUUCCAUUUCUAUUCUCAAGAUGUGUUGCCUUGUGGGUGGUUCCCUUUGCUAUUUCUUUUUUCCAGAUAAAGUACACAUGAAUUCCAAAGAGACACCUGCACACAUGGUUCAGGAUUAUUGAUGUGUUUCAAAUAUUCAUCAAAUAUUUCAAAGAUGCCUUUAUAUUUUGUGAUCUGCUCAGGUGUCAGGGUCUCAGGCAUCACAGGAAAGAGAAAUCCCAGGUUCCUGGCAGCUUUUACCAGUUCAGCACAUGGACAAGCUCAGGGAUGAGCAGGGUGACACAAAACAUGCCUGUGCUGAGCCACUCAGAGAUACAAAUACCACAGAACAGGCUGGGCAAAAGCUCAAAGGAAAUAUUCUUAGGGACGGUUCUUUGUGAAGUACUGAUAGAGGGAUAACUGCUGAGCAUCCUUUUAGAGCUGGGAGCUUGGAGCUGAUUACAGCAGUGGCAGCCCAGACAAAAAUAUGGGCUCCAGAGGCAGGGUUUUAAUGCCAGCCUUCUCCCUUGCUCUUCCAUAUUCCAAAUGGUCCAAAUUUUGUCCACUCCUGAGCAGUGAUUUUCUUUGAAUCCACUUCAGCAAGGUGCUAAUCUGGCUGCUUUAGGAACAUGAGCAAUUGCCAGGGUGGCUCAUGGCUCUGGGUAAGAGCACUCGCUGCUAUUAGUGAAUGUAGCAUAAAUUUAGGUGUCUGUCAUUAACAGGCAGGAGAAGUGGUGGGCACAAAAGCCUGCACAGCUUUCAGAACACUGUUAUUCUCUGACAACCAUUACUGCAAGAACUGCCCUGGAAAUGAGCUCUAAUGAUUUAAAGAUGAAGAUCUCUGGCAGCCACAGGCCCAGGAUGCUGCUGCAGAGUCAUGUGUGAGCUGUCCAUGAGUCUGGCUCCCCAGGGAAGGGUCAGUUCUAUUUUUAACUUGCAUGUAACUUACUAUGAGGGUUGAGUGGUGCAACAAAUCUGCUUCUCUUGUGUCUCCUCUCUGUCAUCCUUCAUUACAUUUCUGCUGUUUUGUUCUUU